GGCAGUGGCUUCAGCUUUGCAAGGCACAUGUGUGUAUUUGCACAAAUCUACUAGUUUAGCCCCACAGUGGCUGUGGACAGCUUGGACUGGGACUCAGUGUGGCAGGAUUGUUUCAGUGCUCAGUGUUUGGGAAAGCAGAGAGGGAGCAGGACAGCGGCAGAAUGUUGGUGCUGGUAUUGGGAGACCUUCAUAUCCCUCACCGCUGCAACAGCCUCCCCACCAAGUUCAAAAAGCUUCUGGUUCCGGGGAAGAUUCAGCACAUCCUCUGCACUGGGAAUCUCUGCACCAAGGAGAGCUAUGACUACCUGAGGACGCUGGCCGGGGAUGUUCAUGUUGUCAGAGGGGACUUUGAUGAGGGUAUGACUUAUCCAGAGCAGAAGGUUGUCUUGGUUGGGCAAUUCAGAAUUGGUCUGAUCCACGGCCAUCAAGUUAUUCCCUGGGGCGAUAUGACCAGCUUGGCAAUUCUACAGAGGCAGCUCAAUGUAGAUAUCCUCAUUUCUGGGCAUACGCACAAAUUUGAGGCCCUCGAGUAUGACCAGAAGUUCUAUAUUAACCCGGGAUCAGCCACCGGAGCCUACAACGCUUUGAGCAGAAACAUCAUCCCUUCAUUUGUUCUGAUGGAUAUCCAGGCCUCCACAGUCGUAACUUAUGUGUACCAGCUGAUCGGAGAUGAUGUGAAAGUGGAAAGGAUUGAAUACAAAAAGUCUUAAAUCAAGGCAUUUUUCACUGAACGCUUCUAGCCCUUCACCGAUUUGAUCACACAAAGGAACAAUAUGAUUCUCCAUGUCUACAGCUUUAAUUCCCAGGAGCAUUUCGGAGAAUAUUUUGCUUGUAACAGCUCAGGGUCAUAGCUGAAGACUCACUGCUCCUAGAAUUAUCCAUAAUAGUACUGGCAAAUGGACAAUAUUCCGUUCUAUUAAAAAACAAAAACAAAUUGCCAAGUGUGUAAGUGUCUCAAGGCUUAUUUAUAAUGAAUUGGCUCAUGGAGAAGAACAUGAAUUGUUCAUGUGAUACAAACUGGCCCCAUCUCUGUGUGGAAUAAAACUAAUUUAUGAACUGUG